CAGUGACUUUCUGCAAUGUAAAAAAUGUCAGUUUAGCAAUUAAAGGAGAUUGUACUAAACCAUACAAAUACCUUCAUAUAUUCACAGAUAUUUAGGAAAUAUGCUAAGUUCACAUACUUGUUUCUCUGAAGAACAAUGUUCCAGUUCUACUUUGAAAUGUUAAUUCAGUGUCGGAAUGCCUGUUUUUGUUUCGGUCUGUGUGACACCACCCACUGCCAGUUUACCCAAUAGUAUUUCAGCACCCCGGGUUGCCAGUUGGUGGAAAACACAGCCAUGGAAGCCAGCAAAUGAACUGGGUCAGCGAUUGCAGAUUCAGCCCAGCCUAAAAAGCCUCUGCAUCCAUCUAAAAACUCUGACCAGAGGAAUAUUAAAACACUGACAAAUCAACUCAUCAGCUUACAGCAUACAGCUCUUCGUCUGCCAUUGUCAGUUGCAACAAAUAUCAAUUUAUAAGAUGCGUCUUUGAAAUGUUAAAGAGUUGCGCAUGUCGAUUGAGUUUGUUAGCUAGCUUUGGAAUGAUUGAUCCUGUGUCUGCAAUGCAACAAAUAAAGCGUUCGUUUCUUUUCUUUCAGAAAAAAAAUAGAGCACAAGAAGGUGAGAAGCACAUAAAGGACAUCAAACUUCAAGAUGGAAGUGGUACAUGCUCAUCUGAGGAGAAUCACUUGGAGGCUUAUGAGUGUCAGCUAAAGAGACUACAUGCAGUUUUGACGGCUUCAGGAGACCAGGAGAGAGACCAGCUCCUCAAGGACCAUCCUGGAGACAUCUGCACUUUAGUCCACAGCAUUAUAGAGAAGGUAAAGACUGAGAUGACCGCUGACCUAAAUGAUCUUCAUGAAAAACAGACGAGGAGCACCUUAGAACGGCAUCAGAGCGCAACAGAAGAGCUACAGCGAUUACACAAUGAAGAGAAGAACAUUUUAAAUGAGUCGCAUGCAGCAUCUGAGAAUGCUUUGAAGGAUCAGAUUGAAGGGCUGACGUCAGAGCUGAAGCUGUUCAACGAGUUAAAGUGCAGAGCGGAGGGGUCCACGCUCAAGAGAGACCUUCAGAGAAAUAUUGAGACUCAUGGCAGCCCUGGUGCAUUCUGGGAGCAGGAGCAGGAGAGUCUGUUAUUUGUCAUCGAAAUGAAGCGUGACCGUUUACAGGACCAGGGGAACAAGCUGCUGCAGAUGGAAACACUGGUGGAGAAGAAUCUGUCGCUGGAGGAUCAGCUCCUGCAGGCUCUCCAGCAGAGCGAGGACUACAGUGUGCGGAUAGACAACUACCAAAGCCUCAUACAGUAUGUUUACGUCAAUCUACAGAUUAUUCUUAUAGGAUGAUUAUUCUUAUUU